AUGUCGGAUGACAGGAUGUUGAGAAACUUGUCUCUUUGGUCGGCGACGCCAAUGUUCCCGCCAGAGAACUCCUCCUUUAACUCCUCCCUCCCUCCGUCAUUCACGGACUGGGAGGCACCCACCUUCACCGCCGCUGCCCGCGUCCGCGUGGCCGCCACCAUGGUCCUGUUCGUGUUCGCUGCCUUCUCCAACCUCUCUGUGCUGAUCAGCGUGGCACGGGGCCGCGGGCGCCGCCUGGCUGCCCAUCUCCGGCCACUCAUUGCCAGCCUGGCCUCUGCAGACCUGGUGAUGACGUUCGUGGUAAUGCCGCUGGACGCGGUGUGGAACGUCACCGUGCAGUGGUAUGCCGGUGAUACCAUGUGCAAGCUGCUGUGCUUCCUCAAACUGUUUGCCAUGCACUCGUCUGCCUUCAUUCUGGUGGUGGUCAGCCUGGACCGCCACCAUGCUAUCCUGCACCCGUUGGACACGCUGGACGCUGGGCGAAGGAACAAGAGGAUGCUGCUCGUUGCCUGGGUCCUCAGCCUGCUCCUGGCCUCCCCACAGCUGUUCAUUUUUCGAGCAAUCAAAGCCGAGGGAGUGGAAUUCACUCAGUGUGUGACGCAUGGAAGCUUCCACCAUCGCUGGCAAGAGACGGUCUACAACAUGUUCCACUUUGUCACGCUUUAUGUGUUCCCCCUGUUAGUAAUGAGCUUCUGCUACACCCGCAUCCUCAUCGAGAUCAGCCGUCAGAUGCACAAGGGCAAAGGUGGGGAGCCGUGCCUUAGGCGAAGUGGUGCCGACAUGAUCCCCAAGGCGCGAAUGAAGACCCUGAAGAUGACCAUCGUGAUCGUGGCGUCCUUCGUGAUUUGCUGGACGCCAUACUACCUCCUGGGCAUCUGGUACUGGUUCCAGCCAGCCAUGCUCCAGGAGACACCCGAGUACGUCCACCACGCCCUUUUCGUCUUCGGCAACCUCAACACAUGUUGCGACCCAGUGAUCUACGGCUUCUACACGCCCUCCUUCCGGGCCGACCUGGCUGAUGUGGUCGCCUGCUGCUGCCGCUGCCGAUCGCAGGACAUCUCCCCGAGGUCCUUGGACCGCCUGGCGUGUCGGGGGGGCAGGGCAAGCAGAGAGGCAGAGUCUGACAAUCCCAGUGGCGACCAGCCAAGUGGAAACCUGGGGUAGAUAUCCGUGGGCCUCUUGUUCAACUGCAGUGUAAAAAAAUACAUAUGUUGAUUUAACGUACAAUUGUAAACAAACCAGCUGCAAUAGGAUUGUGAGUUUGCUCAACAUUUGGGCAUAUAGUAUACAGUAGCUGAAGUAACAUACAUUCUCAAGUUGAAUUGUAUGUUCACUCGACUUUGAAUUUUAGGUUGAGUAAACAUACAAUUUAACUAGAAAAUGUAUUUAACCUUUUUUGCAGAUUUCCCUGAGUGCCUUGCCUUUUGAGUGAAAUGUAUUUACCACCCAUGACUGUAUUUGUUAGCGACAGAGACAUGCUUGAUGUAUUCAAUGGUUUUCCGUACUGUAGCUAUCCCCAAGUGAGUGUCUAAGUGAAUGUCAUCUUUAAAAUGUAACUAUUUAUGAUAAUAUAUUGUAUAAACCCUAACACAAUGGUCUGAAACUCUUAGUUUGUAGGUCACAUUAAGCCUGCAUGUCACAUUAUGCUGGCUUGCAAAGUGGUGUGUAAUUCCUGUUGGAAUCGAGCCAGAGUGAGGAUAUCCAACAAUUGGAACUUUUAAUAACCCACAACAUGCAUUCAGAAUGACUGCCGGGGUAAGGAAUGUUGAUUAUUGAGACUACCUAAAUCAUAUAAACUGGAACAGACAUCUCAGAAACGGGUGCAAUAAGUCC